AAAAUAAAGCUUUACAUAUACGAUGGAUACGAAAAAAACGUGAUAACAGACUAAAGUUGAGUAAUUUUCUACCAAACAAUCUAAGCAGGAACUGACUUUUGUACCCGGGGGAAACAUUGCACCUAGAAGGCAAAUCUGAGGAUAUUUUUCCCCUUUUGACAAUACGGUAACCCGCCAAUUCUAAAGCUAAUGGCGUUGAGUUGUGAUGGUCGUCUUGUAGUUCAGUGGUUUUAGAAACUUGCGCCCCAAAAUGGCUGCGUGGAGUGAUGUUGAACUUUUGACCAACGAGGACACAAAUACUGUCCGCUUCGGUAGUGUGUCCGGGGAGGAGAAUGGCACUGGCUUGUACCAGGUUGACACACUGGUCAAAAUCUCUGCAGCCUGUGAGGUGCAGACAGAUCUCCAUCUGUCCUCCUCCAGUGGCUCAAAUUGGAGCAUUGUUGUUGCUGACAAGACUGUUAUACUGUUUGACCAGAGUUAUCAGACUAUCCUGUUACUCCUUCACUUUGACACUGAUGUGGAUGCAGUUGAUGUGUGCUUGAAUGGACAGUUUUUGGUGGUCUGUGAAAGAAAUGGAAACCUUCAUUUGAUCUAUGUCCCACACAAGAGAAUCCUUCUCACCAAGGCUUUGGUUGAGAAACCAACUAGUGGAAAUAAGAAAACAUAUCAUUAUCUCAUCAUAGAAGAUGAUAAGGCGUCUUCAGGGAUGUACCAUGCAUUUCUACUCAUAAAGGAUGGGUUUUUCCAUAUUACAAACCUUGCUUUGGCAAAGAUCGAAACAGCCAUUGAAAAAAUGGAUUUGGGAGCUUUAAAAGAGCUCCAGUCUCUCAUCAAGAUAGACUUUUGCUCUACUACAGAAUAUCAUGAUGAAGGAUGCAGCACAGCAGUGACAUUCAGUCUGGGCAAUGAAGUCCACUUAAUGAUCGGCGGGGACAAAGAGAAUGUUUUGAUGGACUGGACUAUGAACCCACAGCAGGGCAAGAUGUGUCUUGCUCACUCUGUCGACAACAGCUUAAUCCCUGGUGUGAGAAAGAUGGUGAUACUUGAAAAUCUUGUAUACAUCCUUGACACUGAGGAUUUGUUGAGUCUCUGGGACCUGCAUCUCUUUGUGAUGAUUCACUGUUGGCCACAUUUUGCCAUUCAUGAUUUUGAACUCACCACAGAAUGUGGCUCUACCUCCAUGGUGCCCCAAGACAGCAGCAACAUUAAGAUGAUUACCCUGAUAAAGCAGGACAACAGCCAGAUAAAUUCUCUGCAAAUACGAUUUCUGCCCUCAAUGACUGUUUGCUAUUCUGUGGAUGUCUCUUCAGUCUCUUGCCUCGUUCAGACAAAAAUAAACAUGGAUACAUUUUAUUUAGUCGAGGGGAUUUGUGAGAACCCAGAAAGCAGAGGAAAGCCAGUAUCUUCUGUUGUUGUGAGAUGCUUCACAGAGGCUUUACCUGAGAAUAGGCUUAGCAGACUUCUUCAUAAGCACAUGUUUGAAGAGGCUGAAAAGUUUGCCAUCACAUUUGAGCUGGAUUUAGAACUUGUUUACAAGGUGAAGCUUGACUUUGUGCUAGAGCAGCUGGCCUCUGCAUCAGUGAGUGGGUAUGGACAAGAGGUAUGGUCUGAACUUGUGGAAGAGGCUAAAACCAACCUGACAAAGAUCACUGAUGAGCAGUAUGUUGUGGAGUACUGCCUGAAGGCGCCGUGGCCAACCUUUGAGACUGCAGAGAAGAUGCUUAACCAUGCUGCCACACGAUACUCAUCCUUACAAAUCCAAGAGGCCUUAGCCAGACUGGCCACAUUUUGCAGCCUGCACGGCUCAGAAAAUUUCAAUGGUAUUGCCUGGAUUGAGUUUCUUAACAGUACUGAUGAUUUGGGAGACAUUUUGACCCACCUUGGAGAAGGAGAUUUGAAGAGUGCACAACUUCUUUGGCUCAGACAUGAGGGGCAGAUAGCAGGAGAGUUUGAUGAAAGCAGGCUUGAAGAUGUGCUCAGUGUCAUCCCACAGGACCUGCCAUCCCAAGAACUCUGUCCUUGGUUUAAGACAGUUUUUGUCCCUUUUGUGAGGAGAGUGUUCCCAAGAGGACAGAAAAACCUGGCAAGAUGGCUAGAGCAGAGGGCGAGGAAUCUGGAGUUAACUGAGAAGGGCUCCUGGCCUCAGAAUGGGUUGAACUUGGCAGUACUUGGACUGCCAUCCUUUCAGACAUGGAUGAAAUCCGAUGAUAAUUAUGGUGCAGAGGAAGUGGAAAACCUCAAGUCUCUGGUGUCCAACCUCAGUCAACUGCUGGACCUCCACCAGAAAUACAACUGUAGACUCUCACUGUCAGUCUUUGAAAAGGGGAGUGUGCGGAGUGUGGCAUUCUUCAUGCUGGACAAAGUGCCAGCCCCUGAGCUGAUUUCUGCCGCAGUGGAGAAGAGCAUCUUGCCGUAUGCCGAGGAGCACAACGUUCCUUUUGAUGAGCUGCUUCUACAGUACAUCAAGGACCUGCUUGAGCGCUGCAGCUCUCAGACUACAACGCUGUUCACAGAAUGGGAAGCCAAAGCGGUGGCUGUAUUAAACUGCAUGAGCGAUACUGAUCUGAUGGUGGAUGCGGUGCUUGAGAUCAUGCAGAAGGCUGUUGUGCCAUGGAGUAACGUGGUGGAGAAGCUUGUUCAGCAGUACCUAGAGAUGGAUGGACCAAAACAAGAGCUUUUAAAGGAAAGCUACCGUCUGAUGGAGAUCAGGAAACUUCUGAGGGGAUACGGGAUCCGCAACUUGAAUCUCUCUAGCAGCACUCAAAUCAUGAUGCUGAUUCGAUACAUUCUGAAGCAAAACUUGCCGAUGUCUUUAGAGGACUCCCUUACAUUAGCUGAGGCCUAUAAACUUCCAACCUCACAGAUAAAUUACUUGUAUCUCAUUCAACUGAUAAGUCAAAGCAAGACUGAGGAGUGCAUGACUAUCCUGAAGAAACUAUCCAUUGCAGAAGCCGAGUGUGUGAUUGAACGCCUCACAUCCUGGGCUCGGCUGCAGCUGGAGGACAAAGACCACAUAUCUGAGGAGCACAAAAAACACCAGAUGGUUAUCGCCCAAGUGAUGGUGGAGGCACUGAAAUACCUGCAAAUAAUCCAAAAAAAUGAUGCACUGAAAAGCCUACAGCUUGAGAACAACCUCAUUAUGUUUAAGGCAAUCGCCCACUUACAGGAGGACUUCGAUGUUUUCUUCACUCCAUCCAACUAUGAGGAUCCAAAUAUCCGUAAACAGAUCCAGGAACAUCACAUCACUGCCUACGAAAACACACGCAGUCGCCGUUCAUCUAAGGGCAAAUCUGCAGCAGUACCAGUUGUGGCUAAUGAUCCUGAUGGGAAAACCAAAACUAUUUCCACAGAGGCGGGCUUACGCCGCCUGGGAAGGCAGCUUCAGCGCACAGAACAGGAGCUCUGGUCUGACCUGGCCCUGCGAGCUCUGGGAGUGGGCAAAGUGGACAAGGCCCUCAAGAUCCUCAGUGAGUUGUAUGAGCAUCACUACAACACCAGCACUGGAAAGGUUUUGUUUACUGCUGCCAAGACAUUAUGCCAGAUGCUUGAGGCCGACGUGCCCAUGGUGCUUCCUGAAGGAAUGGACUUACCUGCAGUCAUUCAUGGUUUGGCCUGUCAGGCUAUAACUGUGUGUCACUCAGACUUGCUCCUGGACUGUUUAGAACUUUGCAAAUGCACACGGAUUGCUAUGGACGUCUAUCAUCAGUGUCAGUUGUCGGAUGACUAUGGUUUUAUAGCCAAGGAUUUGACCCCAGAGGAAGAUCCCUAUUCUAAGUGGAGUUUUCAGGAUGUCUUUAAUGAGGAUUGCAUUGUUCUGGACCCGGUGUCUGUACUCCCAGUCCAAUAUGAAAUUACCAACUGCUUGCUGCCAGUUUCAGGGGAUACCAAACUCUACCCGCUGGACUGCUCCUGUUUGUCACACUGUUCUUUUGAAGAUGCAGGUUCCAACUACCUGCAGCCCCUCCUGAAUCCCCUGACCAACAUGUUACAGAUGCUACAGGAGUGCAGUCAGCUGGAGCUGGCUCUCAGAGUGCUUGUCAAUUCCUAUGGCAGCUGCCUGCAACACUUCACAUCCAACGUUAUGGAUAUAAAGCUUUGUGUAAAGCUUUAUGAUACACAAGAACUUAAGAAGUACAACAUUUGCUUGAAUGGUCUCCGAAAGACCACAAUGUCAUCAGUGAACGCUGUUGCUGUGGCUCUGUUGAACAAGGUGUUCAACUGGAAGGUGGUCGAUUGUGAUUUGGCCAUCGGCCUCUGCACGCUCCUCUCCAAAGCAGAGGUCUUUAAGAUUCUGUGGAAGGUUAUUGACAACACCUGGCAAAACUAUGACAAAAUUUUGGCAGUGGCUAAGAUUGGGGCCGAUCUCUGCUGCUUAUACAAUGAGUGUGAGGAACAAAAGAAGUUCCUCUCUGUCAUAACUGAUGCUGAGUGGGGCAUCAAACUCAGCAAACUAGAGAUAUCGAUGCAGCCAGUGUUCCGUCAGGAACAGGGGAUGAAGAAGAGUUUGAUCCCCAUUCUGGUGAAGAACAAGAGGAUAACUGCAGAUCUCAUCCUCCAGUACUGCAGCACCUAUGGUCUUGACCAUGACAGUGUGAUCAACCAGUACAUCACCACUUUACUGCUUCUCCAAGAAGAUGAGGAUGGUGAAUAUGAAGCAGUGUACCUGGGCACUGAACAAGAAGAGACGCAGCCUCUGAGUCAUGCAGAUGCACUGGAGCGCGUCCUUCAGAUCAUCCCGAUGUUAAACAGCACCAGCGAGCUCACCAACAGUCUCUGUGCUGCCAUAUUCAAGCUAAGCCCCUACAACUAUGAGAGGAUUGAAGUUGUGCUGAAGAUCAUGCAGGCUGCUGAUGAGAAUGUGACAGCCUUUUCUAUUAGUCAGGCAAUGGGCCUCCUUCAGCACUUGAAGUCCUACAAGCGAGUCUCUGCUCCCUCUGAUGUAGAGAACACAUAUCUACUGGAAAACAACCUGCUGCCAAACCAGCUCUCCAACAGCAGACUGCCCUUCCAUCUGCUAAUGCAGACCAAACAUUACUGGAGGAUUAUCUCUCCUGAGCUCAGUGAGGAGACAUUCCCUACUCUUCUUCUGAUCAGUAAACUGAUGAAGGUUUGUCUUGACAAGUUAUACAUGUCAGCUGCAAACCAUGUGUUUGAGAAGAAGAUGAAGCCACUAAUCUUGGAGCAGAGGAAAAAGGGCCAGGGCCAUGUCUACAAUAAUGAGACUUUCAAAGUAGCCAAGACUAUGAUGAAGUAUAUCCACUGCAUCCAGAGCCCAGAGUGGGCUGCUGCCACGGCCCACAGGAUCACCCAGGAGCUGCCACCAGGUUAUGAGAAAACCCAGUCCCUUAGGUUCUGUUUGGCUCUUGGAGAUGCAUGGCUGAAGGAUCCAAACCUUGAGGAGGCAGCACGAGCCAGGGGGGAAACAUUUUUAUCAAAGCUGAAACUACAGUUCCAACGCUCAGCAACUGAGAAUAUCUUAUUAGCAAAUCAGCUGAACAGCCAAGUCCAUCUGAAACUGACCGGGCUGCCGGCCAAGCUCAUAGUGGCCUUGUAUGAGCACAGUAGUGUGGAACAGCGGUUCAGAGAGUCAGGAGGUCAAACGUAUCCUGACAUCCACGCUGUUGUUAAAGAAAUAGCCGCCAUCAGCAAUGUGGACCUCCUGAAAAUCCGUAACAUGCUACUGGAAAAAUGGAUCUGCAAAACAGGGCCUGCCGUAGCAAAGGAAAUUGGUCAUCCUGAAAGUGUCAGUAACCCUGAGGAUGACCCAGACUUAAUGAGAGUUGUGUACAUGCUGCAGUCGUGUCCCAUGGAAGAUGCCGUCUCGAUCCUAAACCCCAUCCUAUCUGCUGAAACCUGGCCCCUCAGCAGUUCUGGACCUCGUCUCACCUUCUGCCACCGGACCAGGGCCCUGCUCUGUCUUGUCCACCUCACUGAUGCAGCUACUCUGGAGGUGCACACACAGAUCCCCAAGACCAAAAUUCAAUAUUACCUGAAGUGCUACAUCUUUGUCUCUCAGAUGGAGGCUUUAAACAUCCCAUACACAGUACAGUCCUUCCUCAGUUCUCCAAAAGAGGGUUUAGUUAAAGGGCUGUGGAAGAACCACAGUCAUGAGCCACAGGCUGUGCGGCUCAUUGCAGAUCUGUGUCUGGAGUACCAGGUGUAUGACCCUCAGCUGUGGAACAGUCUGCUUCAGAAGCUGCUGGGAUUCAACUUGAUCAGCCACCUCCAGAAGGUACUCGAUGCUUUGGUAGCAGUGCCUGCUUUGUGGGAGAUUUCUAGUUUCUCCAGAACAUGGAGGAGUACAAUACUGGCACCUUUUGUCUCAGCUUCUCUUCCACUGACUCCUGAUCAACAGGCUACACUCUACAGGACAUUUGUUCUCCUCCUUAAGUGCCCUUUUGUUCUGAAUCUUGACCUAAUUGGAAUUGCCAAUCGCUUUGCACAAUUCAAUCUGCCGGCCUUCGCCCUGGGAACCCUCCUUCUCAUCCCCUGUGCCAAUAAAAAGACUCAGCAAAUACAGGGCUUUCUGUCCAUCUGUAAUCCAGUCACUGCCCUCGAGCAGGUGGAAGAAUUUAUGAACACUGGAGAACUGGCUGGAAUCCCCUCACAGAUCAGAGAUACCGUAUUAACAUUCAUCAUCCAACAUGGGCAGCACCAGAAACUGCUGAAGACAAAACACUUCAAGCAUCUGAAGCAGCUCAUAGUGUCGAGGGGGCAGCACAGCCUCGCCAAGGACCUGGUGGACUACCUUGUUAGCCAAAACUGUCAGGACGAUGCAGAUUCACUUGCCCGUGAGUACAUGAAACACAGAGAGCAUCAACGAGGGAAAACGAUGACAAAUGGCUCAACUUCAGCGAGCUGCCUCAAGGAGUUUCUCAAGAUGGAGAAUGGGGCAAUGGGAUGAGCCAACACUAUUUCUGCAAAUUUGUAUAAACCUGGUCUGUCUCUUUUCGGGUAUUUGCACUUAGCAUACUGUAUAGCUUUAUAUUCUUUAUGUACUAUUUAAAUAAAUGCUUUUCAGUGUGAAAAUGUUUUUCAAAAAUUUUUGCAAGAAACAUCGAUGUUUAAUUUCCAGGUUUAUUCGUACUUACAGCAUAAUUUAAUAUAACAUGACUUACAUGCAGUAGAGGAAUGUGUUUUAUUGAUAUGAGACGAACAAAUGACAAUAUUCAUAUGUAACACUAACAUUUAUUGUCAAAUAGAAAUAUGCAUGGAGAUUUCUUCCAGUUACUUCAGCAAGUCAGAUAUCCUUUUGCUGCGUUCAUUGUUUUGUAAGCUCGAUUUUUGUGCAUCAAACAGUCAUUUUUGAUGUAUGUUUACUGUUCUUUUUGUUGUUAGUCUUCGAAAAACAGAUGGAGAUUGGCCAGCUAUUUGAGAUGGUUUCAAUGUCAUGUAAGAAGUUGAAAAAGAAGAAAAUGAAAGACUCUUGUUCGCAUUCACUGGUGUUGAAGUAUGGAAAUCUACUGUGUAACCAGUACCCAAAUGUUAACAUAAAUAAA